GGGUAUUUCCAACACGCUCAACCCCUAUACACCUGUCCGUUUACCUCUUUCUGCUCAACACAUCACAAUGGCUGGUCGCGGCAAGGGCAAGACCUCUGGCAAGAAGGCCGUGAGCCGCAGCGCCAAGGCCGGCCUGCAGUUCCCUGUGGGCCGCAUUGCGCGCUACCUGAAGAAGGGCAAGUACGCCGAGCGCAUCGGUGCCGGCGCGCCCGUGUACCUGGCUGCCGUGCUGGAGUACCUGACCGCUGAGGUGCUGGAGCUGGCUGGCAACGCAGCCCGCGACAACAAGAAGAACCGCAUCGUGCCCCGUCACAUCCAGCUGGCCAUCCGCAACGAUGAGGAGCUGGGCAAGCUGCUGGGCGAGGUGACCAUCGCCUCGGGCGGUGUGCUGCCCAACAUCCACGCCGUGCUGCUGCCCAAGAAGACCAAGGGCGGCAAGGGCAGCGAGGAGGCCGCCUAAAGCGCUCCCGUGCCCUUUGCAACCCCGUUGCCCCCCAACAAAAACUCGGUGUUUCUCAACACCACCUUUCACUGCGGCACCGGGGCUUGGGUUGGCUGCUUGGAGCAUGGGGUAAGGGCCAUCAGGCAGUCUUGCGUGGGGUUUACACGGUGUUGGUUUGGCAGGGUCUGGAAACACACGCGGAGUAGGCUAUGCAGCAGCGGCCUGUCAACACCAGUACUACCACACAGUGCGUGCUGUUUGUAAAUGGCCCCAAAA